GGAAAUUGUCAUAACUUUUUGGAAUAUGCAAUAUGAAUAAAUUAAAGUGUUAUAUAAAUAUUUUUCUCAUCAUAACCCUUCUGCUUUCUUCACUAGGAAUGUGGUAUUUUUGUGAUAUCCUUCCAAAAACAUGUGGAGAUCAAGAACCGUGCGACUUGUAAUGACUUAUAAAAUAAAUAAAUAUCAAGAUGAAGACUGAAAAUUGCAUACCAGGAGAUCCUGUUUGGACUAACAGUGUUGGAAUUUUACCUAAUGACGAAUGUUUGCCAGUUAUAGGUGGAUGUCAAGUAUCUUCAAUACUUUCUACCUUAGAUUCACCAAAUAAGUCCGUAAUGAAUCAUUCAGAAAUUUCACAAACUAUGGAUAUAAUAAUUUUAGAAAAUUCAGAUCUGAAACUAUCAACAAAUGACUUGAAUUUGCAACAAACUAACAAUUACAUGAUACUGAAGGAUAAGAUUGAACAAAAAAAUAAUGGAAAUAUCAAAAAUGCAAUUAAUUAUAAAAAUGAAUUUCAUAACCAACAGUCCAAAAAUUAUAUGAUAUUGAAGGAUAAAAUUGAACAGAAGAAUAAUGGAAUUUUAAAAAGUUCAAUAAAUAACAGAAAUGAAUCAACUAAUCUUGAGGAUUUACUUUAUUUUGUUUGUAAUUUAUGCCCAUUUUUGUGCACAAGUAAUGAGAAAAUAGCAGAUCAUUUGAAGAAUGCACAUUCUAACAAAACUAACCGAAAACAGUUACAUUUGAAAUGCCCAGCUUGUCAGAAUAUAUUUUAUCAUAAAAUAUCCCUAAGGUCACAUCUAAUUCAUGAUCAUGGAGUGAGUAAUUCUGAUAUAAACAAGAUUAUUCAGGCAGUUGUUUAUUAUGCCAAGGUUAAGAUGAAAGUGAAUGAGAAAAAAAGUAACAAAUCUAAGCAUAAAAGUAGUAUGAAAUUGGAUAAAUCAACUGUACAAAGUCAGCUGAAAGUUGAAGACCAGAAUAUUUGUCCUAGUGACCAUCAUAUUUUAGAAUCAGGAAAGAGUAACUCCACAUUGACGAAUUUGUCACUUGAUGCCAGUAAUGGUUUAUCUAUAUCGAACUCCGAUGUUAAUAAUAAGAAUAAUAAAAAGGAAAGAAACUCUACUAUGAAUGGAAAACAUGUUAAUUCUAACAAUUUGAUAUCAAACCUUGUAGAGAAUAAGAAAGAGCAUAUUUGCCUAUUUCCAUUAUGUAGAGUGAGAAUGAAAGAUCCAAAUAAAUUACAGUACCACAUAAACUGCCAUACUCAGACUGGCUUUAAGUGUGGUGAAUGUGAUCAAGAAUUUCAGUUAUGGAAUUCACUCAGUGGUCACUUGUGGAGGCUGCAUAAAAUAGAUAUGGAACUAUUUUGUUGCAGUGAAUGUGAUUACAAGACCUUCAGCCUGGCAAAACUCAACAAUGUACAUAAACUUAUUCACACAGAUAUGAAAAACUUCAUCUGUAACAUUUGCCAGAAAGGUUUCAAAAACAAUAAACAAUUGAGAAACCAUAAGGUUAUACAUAAAGAAAAAUCAGACAAACAUUUACAUGCUUGUGAUAUUUGUUCAAGAAACUUUUCUGAUAGAAGGCAGGUUAAAUUGCACAAGGAUACUGUACAUAACAAGUUGAAACCUUUUUUGUGUAACUUCUGUGGAUAUAAAAGUUCGUCUAGGAGUUCACUAAAGAUACAUAUCAGGCAACAUACUGGGGAAAAACCUUUCUCUUGUGAUAGCUGUUCUUAUUCAACAGCAGAUCACAAUUCACUGAGAAGACACAAAUUGAGACAUACCGGUGAUAAGCCCUAUAAAUGUGCCUACUGCCCCUAUGCAUGUAUACAAAGUAGCACUUAUAAAGUGCAUCUAAAAACUAAACAUCCAGGAUUAGAAAAAGACCUUAUGUUCACAUGUCAUGAGUGCCAAUAUAGAUCUGUUAAUAAGGAUAUGUACCUUGCCCACAUGUCCAUGUCUCAUAACCAACAAAUCACUUGAAAGUAGUUUGUGAAGUUAUUCUGCUAAUACAACACUGCUUAAUUUGAAGAUCAAUUGAAAAACCCAUUUGUGAAUGAUAUUUCUAUGUAUAUUUAUACUUCAAAAUUAUUUAUUAUAUGGUUGUAUGUAUAAUGAAGUUAUUGUUAUAAUAUAUUUUCCAUUAAUCAAU